AGACCUGCGGCUCUCAGUACGUCUGUACGGUCGUCGAAUGGCUUUCUCUCCUCCUCUCCGUUGGUACAGCAGUCAAUCUUGAGAGACCUGGCAGAUGCUGAAGAAGGAGGAGAGGCUGACGGCCAUGGAGCCGUCAUUGCUGCGGACGGAGGUGAAGAAUACAUGGCAGGCCAUGAACAACAGUAUUCGAUGUCUGGCUCAUACCGAAGAACUUCCUACGUCGCAUCGGGUCCAAGACCAUUUUUCCCUUCGGCUUCAGCGCCGGAUUCAAGACCAGCAAACGAACAAGACCGAGAAGCCGCCCUUGCCGAAGAACGAAGCCUCUUACGAGACAACCAUUUGAUCNCCCCAAAACACCCUCGAACCACAAGUACCGUGUCGAACAAGCCCAGUGGAUUGUUGAAANAAAACUUUGUUGGUGGAUUUGUGCCUAGAAAAGGUGGUGCCGAUGAAGAGUCAGUCAUCGAGGAUGCUGGGCCAGAUGAGAAUACCCCUCUGUUGGGCAACCCUGCGGAGCCUUAUGGUGGUGUUGAUACUCCUGAGAACAUCGAUAAGAGAUGGGAAGAGGCUGUUGCGUCGGGCAAGAUCAAGACAACCUGGCAAAGAGAAGCAGUCGUCCUGGCAAGAUACUCUCGUUCUCUGAUUUUGACGUUCCUUCUACAAUAUUCCCUGACCGUCACUUCUGUCUUCACGGUGGGUCAUAUCGGCAAGCUUGAAUUGGGGGCUGUCUCUCUUGCUUCUAUGAGUGCCAAUAUCACUGGCUAUGCUAUCUUCCAAGGACUGGCUACCAGUCUAGACACUUUAUGCCCCCAAGCCUAUGGCAGUGGAAACAAGACUCUUGUUGGAUUACAACUGCAGCGUAUGGUAUACUUUUUAUGGGUGAUCACCAUCCCUAUCGCCAUCGUUUGGACUUCCGGACCGAGAAUCAUCGGCGCAAUCGUGCCAGACCAAGCGACCGCAGACUUGGCAGGGCGAUACCUCCAAAUUCUUGUAUUUGGUGCUCCGGGGUAUGCUCUUUUCGAGGCCUCAAAGAGAUUUGUGCAGGCACAGGGAAAAUUCUCGGCAACACUUAUCGUGCUUCUAAUAUGCGCGCCCCUCAAUGUAUUCCUGCAUUGGCUUUUUGUCUGGAAAUUCCAGUGGGGAUUUAUUGGAGCCCCAAUCGCUGUGGUGACCAUAGAGAACCUCAUGCCAUUGUGCCUAUUCCUCUACGUUCGUUUUGUUGGCGGUUUGGAGUGCUGGNGAGGAUUCACCCGUAUCGCUUUCAAGAAUUGGAUGCCAAUGAUUAGGCUGGCACUCCCUGGCCUUGUAAUGGUUCUUGCUGAAUAUCUGGCUUUCGAGAUCUUGACCCUCUCAGCGAGCUGGAUCUCCCCAACUCAUCUCGCAACACAAAGUGUUCUCAGCACAAUCUCGAGCAUCACUUACCAAAUCCCCUUCCCCAUCAGCAUUGCAGCGAGUACUCGUAUUGCUAAUCUCAUUGGCGCUACGCUUUCGGACGCCGCUAAGGUCAAUGCAAAGGUCUCGUUGUAUGCUGCAUUGAUUGUUGGUGUUUUCAACAUGGUCUUGUUGAGCUCUACCAGAGAGUACAUCCCGAGGCUCUUUACUAACGACGCCGAUGUCAUUGCACUCACAGCACAAACACUUCCUUUGAAUGCUGCCUUCCAACUCUUUGACUCGCUUGCCGCUCUCUGCAACGGAAUCUUGCGUGGCCUUGGUCGACAAGAGGUAGGAGGUUAUGUGAACCUCUUUGCUUAUUAUGUCGUAAGUCAACCAUGUUCGCCGGAUGUUGACCACCUUCUCACAAACUUCAGANUCGCCAUGCCCAUCUCUUUCGGAACCGGAUUUGGGUUGCAUUGGGACCUCUAUGGAUUAUGGGCUGUAAGUCAUCCCUCUGUAAUUAUCGGCCGGUUUCUGAUUAAGUUCUUUUUAGNNGGUCCUGCAAUUGCACUCGGAGUUGUUGCUGCUGUCGAGUGUUGGUUUAUUUAUUCGACGAGCUGGGAGAGGGCUGUCGAAGAGGCUCAGGAGAGAAACGCUCAAGGAAACUCG